UAGGCUGCUCCCGAGCCCGGACCCAGUGCGGACCGAGAAGCACCGGCUGUGACAACAUUGAGUGCGCGAGCCGGGGUCUGCGAUCCGAGCGCGGGACCUUGUCCUGACCGUGUCUGUGCGCGAGCGAGGGGACGGCGUCCGACGUGAUGACCCUGAAUGGCGGCGGCAGCGCAGCGGGUGGGAGCCGCGGCGGGUGCCGGGAGCGCGAGCGCCGUCGGGGCAGCACGCCCUGGGGCCCCGCGCCGCCGCUGCACCGCCGAAGCAUGCCGGUGGACGAGCGCGACCUGCAGGCGGCGCUGGCUCCCAGUGCGCUGGCCACGGCCGGGGCGGGCACCCGGACCCAGGGCCGGAGGCUGGACUGGCCUGAGAGCUCCUCGGACUCGCUCAGCUCAGGGGGCAGUGACUCGGAUGAGAGUGUUUACAAGGUGCUGCUGCUGGGGGCGCCCGGCGUGGGCAAGAGCGCUCUGGCGCGCAUCUUCGGUGGUUUAGAGGACGGGCCUGAAGCAGAGGCCGCAGGGCACACGUAUGAUCGCUCCAUCAUGGUGGAUGGAGAAGAGGCAUCGCUCAUGGUCUAUGACAUUUGGGAGCAGGAUGGGGGCCACUGGCUACCUGGCCACUGCAUGGCCAUGGGGGAUGCAUACGUCAUCGUCUAUUCAGUGACGGACAAGGGCAGCUUCGAGAAGGCCUCAGAGCUGCGGGUCCAGUUGCGGCGGGCGCGGCAGACAGACGACGUGCCCAUCAUCCUCGUGGGCAACAAGAGCGACCUGGUGCGCUCCCGUGAGGUCUCCUUGGAUGAGGGCCGGGCCUGUGCGGUGGUCUUUGACUGCAAGUUUAUUGAGACCUCAGCUGCGCUGCACCACAACGUCCAGGCGCUGUUCGAGGGCGUCGUGCGCCAGAUACGCCUGCGCAGGGACAGCAAAGAGGCCAAUGCACGUCGGCAAGCGGGUACCAGGCGGCGAGAGAGCCUUGGCAAGAAGGCGAAGCGCUUCCUGGGCCGCAUCGUAGCACGCAACAGCCGCAAGAUGGCCUUCCGUGCCAAGUCCAAGUCUUGCCACGACCUCUCGGUGCUCUAGGCCUCAAGGGCACUCCCUGUGUUGUGCAGAUCAUUGGACAGAUUGGUGGGCUGGCCCAGACUCCGGUAUCCCCCACCUCAUGGUCAUGGACAGACAGUGCUGCCCAGGGAGGUGGCUUCCACUGGCCGUCGAGGGCUGGGCCCAAAGAGGCGCUUGGGCAGGCCCAUGUGUGUCCCAAGCAGCAGCCCGAGCCCAGCUCCUGGGACAGCUCUGUGUGUGGGGAGAGGACGCUGCCUCUCUCUCUCCACCUGGUGUGCAUGCCCUGGAGGGUGGCUGUUCAGUGCGGUGGCUAUUUGUUUACAGGCAGAUUUUUGUAAUAAAGAUUAUUUCCUGAUA